AUGCAGUGCUUCAACAGAUGGCUGCAGCUGCUCGAGGAUGAGGCAAAGAAAGAGGAGAAAGAAGGCUUCCGUGUGCUAGAGCACAUCAUAGAAGAUCACAUCGUCCCGACGCGGUCAAACUGCCAGGCAACUCAUUUCCCUUGCGGGAACUCGACGACUUGUAUUCCGAGAGAGCUCCAUUGCAAUGGCCAGGAAGACUGCGAGAAUGGCGCGGACGAACAGGGAUGCCAGGAUCUUUCGAAAGGCAUCAUCUCGGUGGGUGGCGUGGUCAAGUUCGAUUUCACGAGUUCCACGAUGAGAGAAGAGGGCGAAGACGAUGAAUAUCAGCCACCCUUGUGCACGCCGAGUCUGGGACUGCCCAAAGGAUGCGUUUGCCAUAUUGGCAGAGAUGGCAAACAAUACGUUAAUUGCGCAAACGUUGAAGUGAACAGCCGAUUCAACGGAAGCUAUCCGCUCGUUCAGAGACUCGUCGUCCAGGACAGCUAUCUCGGCGUCAUAACACCCGACACUUUGGCUGGUUUCACGAAUUUGAAAAUCUUGUUCCUCAACAACUCCAUCUCAGGUAUUACGCCGGAUGCAUUUGAAAAGCAGGAGCGACUCCGGCAACUGUAUAUCUCCAACAACGAAUAUCUCGGUAACAUUCAGCUUGGUGUAUUCAGCGGAUUGAAUGAACUCAAUGUAUUAAAAAUCACUGGAAAUCGUCUGGAGUCGUUCGAUCUGAGUCAUUUAACUUAUAUGUCGAAACUCGGAGUCCUCUUCCUCGUCAAUAACCAGCUCAGGACGUUGUCCUCCUCGGCGCCUCUACACACCCUCCGUAAUCUAGAUCUGAAGGACAAUUUGCUGGAGGACGUGGACCAAACGAUGCUGGCCCGUUUGGUCAAUCUAGAAAUUUUAUACUUGAGGAAUAAUCGUAUCAAGAAGCUGCAUCCGGACGUGUUCCAGCACAAUCCGAGGCUCAUCGAGCUAGAUCUCAGCGGCAACGAAAUCACAUAUCUAGCGCCCGAAAUCUUCCGAAAACUGAGGGGGCUCGCCACUUUGAAUCUGGCGAACAAUCCUUUGACAACCCUCGACGUGAAUAUAUUUGUACACAGCCGGAACCUUACUUCUUUAAAUUUGUCGAACUUGGAGCUGGAAAAUAUCGACGUCGCCCAUUUUCAUCGUUUGCGGAGCUUGAAGUUCAUAUAUUUCAAAAAGUUUCAAUACUGUAGCUACGCCCCGUACGUUCGCAUUUGUUACCCAAAAACCGAUGGCGUUUCCUCUACGGAGCAUUUGCUUGAAUGGCCGAUCCUACGACUGUCCGUAUGGAUCGUUGCGAUUUCGACGUGUGCAGCCAACAGCGUCGUGUUCACCUGGAGAGUCAUCAGCAAGAAGGAAGACCGAGUGCUUUCCUUGUUCAUCAAGAAUCUGUCAAUCGCCGAUUUCCUCAUGGGAGUGUACCUCCUGAUCGUCGGCAUCCUGGAUGUGGCUUUCCGAGACGAGUACAAUCGCCAUGCGAGACAGUGGAUGACGAGCUGGCGUUGCACUGCCGUAGGAUUGUUAGCUAUGAUAAGCUGCGAGGUCUCCGUUCUCAUCCUUUCCCUCAUCACUAUCGAACGAUACCGCUGUAUCAAGACCAAUGUACGGGUCGUGACUGUGACAGCAGCCCGCUGGUGCGUAGUGGGAGUAUGGUGUACUGGGUUCCUUCUGGCGCUUUACCCGGUUUUCCAUUGGCCUCAGCCCUCAUUCUACUCUUCGAAUGGACUCUGUUUCCCGCUUCACAUCGAUGAUCCAUUCACUCUGGGCUGGCAAUACUCUGCCCUUGUUUUCCUCGGGAUCAACCUCGCCGCGAUGCUGUUGAUUAGCAUGCUUUACGCAUGGAUGUUCGUUAUAAUACGCAACGACCGGCAACAUGCUCGUCCGGUGACCUUGAAGAGACGCGAAGAUUCAGUACUAGCGUUCCGAUUCUUCCUCAUCGUUCUCACGGACUGCCUCUGUUGGAUUCCGAUAAUCGUCAUCAAACUGGCUGCUCUGUGCAACGUGAAAAUUUCUCCUGACGUAUACGCUUGGGUGGUGGUUUUUGUACUUCCAAUCAACUCAGCCCUCAACCCAGUGAUAUACACCUUGGCAGCGCCUACAGAACUUCGAAGAAGGAUCGAACGCUUCUUGAGUCAUUGUAUCUACUGUCCCACCGCGUUAAGGCGUCUUCUACCACAUUCCGACAAACUUACUACGCCGCGAUCUUCCCUGGCUACGGGUACCGAUGUACCGUCGAUGCCGACGGAAUACACUCUGUGCAACGAAACUGCCAAGCUGUAA